AACCCAUCAUUGGCUGAAUGGGUGGACAGACGUCAUGGUUUGUUCAGAUUUAACCAAUCAAAAGCCGUGGCACAACUUUGGGGUAGCAGAAAAAAUAAUGAUAACAUGACGUAUGAGAAGUUAAGCCGGGCAAUGAGGUAUUACUACAAUCGUAAAAUCUUGGAGCCUGUUAUUGGAAAGAAGUUGGUGUACAGAUUCGGACCGAAUUCGUAUGGAUGGUAA